CUGGUGACAAUUGAAGAAAAAAGCAAAGCAACUUUCCUUAGAGCGUAUAUGAACUGGAGAUGCAUGUCUGCAGGGAGUUCUCGUGUUUGUGUUCGGAUGGUUGGUCACAAGGUGGAAGAGUCAUACAGUGAAACCUUAAAAGAACAGAUGUCAAUUGUGGAAAUGCCACUUUCAGAUCCUCCGCUGUGCAUUUCAUGUUGUCCUGUAAAUGGAGAUCUUCUUGUGGGCUGCAAAAAUAAACUGGUCAUGUUCUGUUUGAAAUAUCUGGUCAUAAAGCAGAAUUUGACUGUGUUAGACUUUGAACGCUCCUUAAUUUUACACAUUGAUAACUUCAUUCAUGCUGAAGUUGCGUUUUGUGCCAGACAUAUAGCCAUAACAACAGAGCUGGAUGUUCUGAUCCUAAAACUGGAACUGGUCCAGCAAAGUGCAGACAGGACAGAGCAACGUGCACAUACAGUUAGUACACUAGAAAAGCCUGCAGAUGGAGGUGUAAAAGAUGAAGGCCCUUCAACACAUACUUUGCAGCUUGAAUUAGAUGAGUUCAUCAUAUGUCAGAAGCCAGUGGAACUGCUUGGGGAAGAAAGUAAGCUAUGUGAGAUACCGAUCACACUGGAAUCCACAGAGUUACCUACAGAAGACACAAAACGCUUCCAAGUGCAGUAUCUGCUUUUUAGACGUUUUACACCCGACCAGUCGCCUUUUGGGUUUUGUGAAGAGACAAAGUUGCACUCUGUUCAACUGCUUCCUGUGUACCAGACAGGAAGUUCUGUGGCAGCCCAUGAGGAAACUGAGAACAAGAGAGAACUACUGAAUCUCUUUUGCUUUUUCUCUUUACCUCACGUUGGAUAUCUCUACUCUGUUGGGAAGUUAGUAGAACUGAUUUCUACUUACCAAUAUUCAGAGAAGUCAGAGCAGGCAGUUCUCACUCCACAGUUCCUGCACGUCAUUACAAGUGGGAACCUGCAGUGUUUCACAGUGCGGUGCAGUGCAGCAGCAGCUCGUGAUGAGGAUCCAUAUAUUGAUACGACCGUGAAGGCUUGUCCACCUGUUGCACUGGAUGUCUGCACAUUAAGAAUGCAGCUUUUUAUAGGACCAAGAGCUAUCUGUCAUUUCAAAAACCAUAUAAUUCUUUUGACUAAGGCGGACACGGAAGAUAUUACUGAAAGAAGAAAGCCUACAAGAAGGUUGCUUUCCAGAAAGGCUGACAGCAUCAAAUCCAGAACAAAUUCUGAGUCAGAGCCUGGUUGGAAUUUAUAUAUUAUAAACACUGUUUCAACCAUUCAGCUUUACAGAGAAAUGGUAGAUUAUAGUAGAACUUACGAAAAUGUAAAAACUGAGAGCUGCAUCCAUCUUCUAAGUGAGGCUCACUUACUGGUCAGGGCAGCUAUAAUGGACCCUAGUUUCCUUAAAUCAGAUGAGAAAGAAGAACUUCUAAGAGCAUUCAGAGAAAGUUGUGCUGCCUUAGGAGACUGCUACAGCAGGUUUGACACAAAGGAUUACCACCUUGCUUUGCCAUACUACAGAAUGUCAGGUUUAUCCAUGACUGAAGUUUUAAAGAGACUAGUUUCAGAAGGUGAUGAAAUACAGACAUAUGAGAGAGGAUUUAUAUUUUACUUAACUCACUCUCUUAAUGAAGACUUAAAUGAAGAAUUAAGUAAGGAAUCAGCAAAUAAAGUUCUCCAAAUAUUCUAUCUUGCUGACCCUGCGCAGCUGCCUCAUAUCCUCUGCAGCCCCUGCAUGAGAAACGUAUGUCCUUUGACAGCUGUGAAGUAUCUUCAGAAAGUAGAAAAGAUGAUGCCAUCAGUGCUCCUGACACUUACUAAGGCUUUCAUGGCUCUGAAAAUGGAAGACCUGAUGAUGUAUGAACAUGAGAUGGACUCCUAUAAGGAGACAAUACUGGCUUGUGGCUUCAUUGGGCAACCAAAACUGUUGAGACAGCGUAAGGAAGGAAUUGCUAUUCCAACUGAGUUUGCUGUUCACCUGAAGGAGAUGCAACCUGGUUUACUGGUGGCUGCCACUGUGGCUUUACAUGAGAACAGUAAAAUUGAACUGGAAGAAGCAGAUACCUUUUUCAAGAUGUUGUGUAGUGACAGUGAAAACACUAUUCCUCAGCUCUUGGUGGAUUUCUGGGAAGCUCUUCUUGUAGUGUGCUCUCAGGAAGAAAUAGUUCAGGAGCUUUUACUGAGGGUUACUUCUCAGUAUGUUUGGAGAAUAUCAAAGAAGCAAAUUCCUGAGACUAAGCCAUUGAAAACAACAGAGGAUCUGAUAAACUCCUGUAAUCAUUUUGGGUUGAUUUUCCCAUGGGUAACUUCCAUAAUGUCAGUGGGAUCUCCAUCUGAUAAAGAUUACUGUGAAGAUAUCUCAAAACUACAGUCUCUUUUAUGUAGUCAGUCAAUCAAUAUAGCUUCAGCUCUCCCUGUCUUGGAGCCUCUGACAGAGGCUGGCAAUGUCGGCCUCACCAUCCAUGUUCUCUGCAAUACCCGUCUAGGCAAGUAUGAGGAAGCCAUUGACCAGCUUCUCAAAAGGUGUCCUGAUGCAGCUGUAUUAUACGCUCAGCACGAGCUGAAAGAUGACAAUCGGGCUGUGUGGUGGAACAAGCUGCUUCCUGAACUUUGCAAGAGAACCAGACUCACUGGAAAUGAUUGCCCUGUUCUUAUUUCAUCACUGAAAGAAACUUUAUCAGUUGUUGCAAUGGAACUGGAACUAAAGGAUUUCCUCAGUCUUCUACCAGAGGAUGGAACUGCAGCAUUUUUCCUGCCACAUCUUCUUCACUGCAGCCAGAGGAAGCUGCUGAUCUAAAGCAAUGAAAGUCUACUAUGCACUCAAAUACAAAGAAUGUGCUGGAAUAAAAAAAGUAAAUGAAACAAACAUAGAACUACAUAU